CUCGGACUCGCGAUUCGGAUUCAGCAGUUGAGCCCUCUCCCGUCAGGAGUUAAUUUUGCAAUUCUGGGGGUUGCCCUGAUCUCCUCCCUUUCGGUAUCUACGAACCCAUUUUAUACUCCUUUGUUUUCCAAGUAGAACAUUGUCAUGACCGUACGAUAGCGAUACAUAUACCCCCAACUUUCUGCCACGAAGAACGGAUUCCGCGACAUCUCUUGUUGAAACCGCCCUCCGAACAUACCUCCAGAACCCUCCGAACAUACACUCGGCGUCCACUUGCGGGUCAGGUCUUUCGGUAGAAGACCUAUUUCAUCAUGGCGCAAAGCGCGGUGGGUUCGUAUUCGAACCCGCUCAAGAAAUUCAAGCUUGUCUUCUUGGGUGAACAGAGUGUUGGCAAGACCUCCCUAAUAACCCGGUUCAUGUACGACUCCUUCGACACAACGUACCAGGCUACCAUCGGCAUCGACUUUCUCUCCAAAACCAUGUACCUCGAAGAUCGCACCGUCCGCCUCCAGCUCUGGGACACAGCCGGACAAGAACGCUUUCGCUCCCUCAUCCCCUCCUACAUUCGUGAUUCGUCCGUCGCAGUCGUGGUCUACGACAUCUCCUCACGCAAAACCUUCGAGCAAACACGCAAGUGGAUCGAUGACGUGAGAGGGGAGAGAGGAAAUGAUGUGAUUGUGGUCCUUGUCGGGAACAAGACAGAUCUAGGCGAUUCCAAGAGGGAGGUGACCACGCAACAAGGAGAAGAGGAGGCGAAGCGAGCUGGCGCCAUCUUUAUGGAGACCAGUGCGAAGCUGGGCCACAAUGUCAAGGCGCUUUUUAGGAGAAUAGCGCAGGCCUUGCCGGGCAUGGAAGGGGAGGGCGAGCAGCAACCGAACCCCCAGAUGAUCGAUGUGUCCAUAAACAACCAAAAGCCAGCCGAAGAAGGUUGUGCUUGUUGAUCGCGAAAUGGGAUUCAGAACUCGAAUCCAGGCUACGACUCCUCCCGGCGGGCUUCAUGGGCUCAAAAUGUUGGAAUAGCAUGUGAAUGAGCCCAUGUCGAGUCUAUGGGCUGGAACAGACGUGCCGUGGUGUUUCUUGAAAGCUUGGACGAGGACGAGAAGAUGCCACUGGACAUUGCACGGGAGGGCAUGCCGUGCGUCCUGUAUAUGUGGGCUGUGUCUAUAGUGCGCUUGCCGCCGUGGACGUGGGUCAAAGAUCCGCGGACGGUGUCGCACCGACUGCGAGUGUGUGACAGAUAUGGAAAUGAGGGCUUUUGAGCAUAGCAUGGCGUUUUGGCUGUUUACUUCCCGGGCAUGAGCAGUAGGGCCACGCACAGGGACCUUGACCCUCUCCUCGAGGUAGCUGGUUGUACUUGUGCUUGUGCUUGCUUGCUUGUGCAUUGGCAGGGAACGGUAUCGUGUAAAAAGGACAUUGGAAAUCCUGUCGUUCAAUCGUUAAUCGUCAAAUCAUCAUCAACCGUCGCAUUAUUUCAAUACAAUCCGAGUUUGGAGUUGAUACCCUUAGUCUACUAGGUAAC